CAAUCUUAUAUGCGAAGCGGCUCAUGCAGAUAUUCUGAAGUGACCUCGCACGUUGCUUCUCAUUUUGCUGGUCGUCCAAGCCUUGACAUCAACAUGGCGUCAAACACGAAAGCUUUGCGCUCAUCUAUCACAGACGGCAUAGCAAUCACUCCAAGAUAUCGAGAAAGACAACUUGCUUCUCUCCACACAAAUUUAUCCGCCAAGCGGGAAGCCUUACUUGACGCCUUGUACGAUACUUUGGCACUUUCGAAACCCGAAGCCACGGUCGAAUAUACUUUGACUCUGGAUGCUAUCAAGACGUUUCAUGACCGCUGUGACCCUCAAAUAUGCAACGAAGAGGAGUAUUCCAUUGCAAAUUCGAAAGACUACAAGAAUCAGCGCUCGCCUUACGGAUACGCAUACAUAGUGCCUCCUAAACGCGGAUCACUCUACGCAACGAUCGUUCCCAUUGCAGCAGCAAUCGCUUCUGGCAAUGCAGUACUACUACAAAGAUCAUCUCAAGGAAAUUCCCUGGUAUCACAACUGGAGAAAAUCCUUCACAAGGCCUUAUCUGCUGAAACUUUUGCGUAUGUUGACCGAGACCCGUUUGAUCCUAAAUUUCAACAGAACAGAGGUCUCCUCUUCGAAGCUCAGUCACCGGCCAGUGCUACGAGUAGCUUUAGACGUAUUUGUUGUCCAAACUCACGCACUGCUGCCAUUGUGGACAGAAGUGGAGACAUGAGGGUCGCUGCAAGAGACUUGGUCCAGGCACGUUUUGCAUUCGGAGGCUCGUCUUCAUAUGCUCCGGAUAUUGUGCUGGUCAAUGAGUUCAAGAUAAAAGAGUUUAGCGAAGCCGUGGUAGAGGUUGGCUUGCGAUAUUUAUCGCAGGGAGUUAACGGUACAUCCUCAAACCGCGGAAACGGUGCUGCAGAAACGGAGCUUGACAAAACCCUUGAGAAGAUUGGAACGACAUUAGUCUCUGGGGACAGAGGUAAAGUCGUUUUACUUCGAUCGCGAGACCUCCAGCUGCUCGUACAAAAGAUUACGACACCAACACUGAUCAUUCUCCCUAUCUCGAGUAUGGACGAUGCCAUAGAUCUGCUGAAUUCUGGAGAAAAUACGCUUCUCGCAAAUUACGUUUAUGCUGCUCCUCCUGCAGGCAAGUAUAUUACCCAAUUUGUUAGGUCUUCAGCAUCCUUCGUGAAUCAUAUUCCGGCCGAGUUGCUCGUUGGGUAUGCUGCUCCAAACGGGUUUUACCCCUCAGUUCAUCCUCGAUAUACGACCGAAAUGUUUUCAACACCGUCUCCCACAGUUAUCAAUAAGACCCCUAGCUCGAAAGCAAUCGAUGAUUUCAUAUCUCAUGCUGGCUCAAGGCAACGAAAACAUUUUGAAACAUUAUACAACGUCACUCUCAAACAGAUGAAAGAGCCGUGGGGUCCAAAGAUUGGGUUCUUCGAGCAAGGAUUCCUCUUCAAUGCUAGCUUUAUUCUGUGCGGAGUUGUAGCAGGAACGAUUUGCGGAGUCAAGUUCGGGUAUCCUACAGUUGUUUCCAUGUUCCAUAAAUAGCUUUCCUACGUAGAUGUAAUCUUAGUCGUUGAAUUUGAAGUGCCGAAAAAAAUGUCGAAUUCUUC